GUGCCAUAGCGAAGACUGAGAAGAACAAACAAGUUCUGGACAAGCUUCAGGUGGAACGGGAGCGAGGGAUCACUGUGAAGGCCCAGACAGCCUCGUUGUUUUACACCCAUGAGGGACAGCAGUACCUGCUGAAUCUCAUAGACACACCUGGUCAUGUUGACUUCAAUUAUGAAGUGUCUCGUUCACUCUCUGCCUGCCAAGGUGUUUUGCUGAUUGUUGAUGCCAACCAGGGCAUUCAGGCACAAACUGUUGCCAACUUCUACUUGGCUUUUGAAGCUCAGCUGACAAUAAUCCCUGUGGUUAAUAAGAUUGAUUUGAAAAAUGCUGAUCCAGACGGUGUGGCGUCACAGAUUGAAACUGUGUUUGAUAUUCCAAAGGAGGAGUGCAUCAGGAUUUCAGCAAAACUGGGGACGAACGUUGAAAAGGUUCUUCAAGCAGUUGUGGACAAAAUUCCACCGCCUGUGGGGAGCAUCAGCGACCCAUUUAAAGCCUUAGUGUUUGACUCCAAUUUUGACAUCUACCGAGGAGUGGUGGCCAACAUCGCUGUGUUUGGAGGUCAAGUUCGCAAAGGAGACAAAAUUGUGUCGGCACAUCUCAACAAAUCCUACGAGGUCAAUGAGCUCGGUCUUCUGCGGCCAGAUGAGCAGCCGACACAGAAACUAUUUGCUGGUCAGGUGGGAUAUUUAAUAGCUGGGAUGAAGGAUGUGAAAGAGGGCCAGAUUGGUGACACACUCUACCUCCAGGAGCAUCCGGUCGAAGCCCUUCCAGGGUUCAAACCUGCCAAACCCAUGGUGUUUGCUGGUAUGUAUCCAGUGGACCAAUCAGAUCACCCCGCCCUUCGCAGCGCCAUUGAGAAGUUAACCCUGAAUGACUCAAGUGUCUCAGUGCAGAAAGACAGCAGCGUGGCCCUGGGAGCAGGCUGGAGACUUGGUUUCCUGGGUAUUCUACACAUGGAGGUGUUUAAUCAGAGGCUGGAGCAGGAGUACAAUGCUUCAGUCAUCGUAACUGCACCCACCGUGCCCUACAAGGCUGUCCUGUCCUCGGCCAAACUCAUCAAAGAGAACGGCAGUGAAGAGCUCACCAUUGUGAACCCAGCUGAGUUCCCCAUGAAAUCGCUGGUGUCAAAAUAUUUGGAGCCCAUGGUUCUGGGGACCAUCAUCUCUCCUGACAAUUACACUGGCAAAAUUAUUUCUCUCUGCUUGAAUCGCAGGGCGGUCCAGAUGAAUAUGGUGUACAUUGCUGACCAGCGUGUCAUGAUGAAAUUCCUCUUUCCUCUGAAUGAAAUUGUUGUGGAUUUCUAUGAUGCCCUCAAAUCUAUGUCAUCUGGAUAUGCCAGCUUUGAUUAUGAGGACGCAGGCUACCAGACUGCUGAUUUGAUAAAGAUGGAUAUUCUGCUGAAUGGGCAACCAGUGGAAGAACUCGCCACAAUCGUACACAGAGACUGUGCGUACAGUAUAGGGAAAUCCAUGUGUGAGCGACUGAAGGAUUCCAUUCCGAGGAAACUGUUUGAAAUUGCCAUACAAGCAGCCAUUGGAAGUAAAGUCAUCGUGAGGGAAACAAUAAAGGCAGCCAAGAAGGAUGUUUUAGCAAAAUGUUACGGUGGUGACAUAACACGGAAAAAGAAGCUCCUGAGGAGACAGGCUGAGGGUAAAAAGAAGAUGAGGCUCGUUGGCAACGUAGAAGUACCUAAAGAUGCUUUCAUUAAUGUUCUAAAAAGGAAAGAAAAAUAGAAACUGAUUCUAUUUAUGACAUUAUUACUUAAUAUUAUAUAUGUGAACCAGUCAUUAUUAAAAGCACUACUAAAAUGUAUUCAGAAUAAAAUGCAAGAAAUCCUUUUACAGUUUUCUAUCAAA